UACAGGCAUUGACAAGCUCAAUAGUCCUUCAGAUCAUAUCUUCUUUGUUGCUCUAGAAUGAUGCAACACGCCUGCCCCACAUUGAAGAUGAACCCACUGGGUCAAUCGUCACACCCGCAGGUCAUUCCCCGCUAGCUCAUGCGCCUGUUCUUGGUAGUAGCGACAGUCCCCUUUCUACCUUCGAAGUUCCUCCUUUCCACUCGAUAUAUGUCCUGACGCCCUCGUGUGAGAAGAGCAACUCUACCUUCCUUAGACUCCAUCCUCCUGGCACUUGAGAACCGCAACAAGAAUGAGAGUCCGAGUCCGUGGCCCUGCUGGACAGUCCACUGUAACUCUCGAUGACGAUGCAACCGUUGGCGACCUUCGAAGCCAAAUCGCAGAGACGACAGGCCUGGGUGCCUUCGAUGUCAAAUAUGGGUACCCGGAAAUCAGACCAUUAACACUGGACACGCUUCAGCCAGAUCAGAAGCUCACUGAAGCCGGCCUGAACCUCAACGGGGAACAACUCAUAAUCACAAAAAAGGACACUGGGAACGACCACCCCGAGCCUAUUUCUACCAACCAGCCCCAACUAGACAAGCCUUCGCCGUCGCAAAAACCCAAAGAUGCAUCCGACGAUCCACCGGAGCUGCCGUCCCCCGAGCACUCCGGUACAUUUGUCUUACGUAUCAUGCCCGACGACAACUCAUGUCUAUUCCGCGCCGUGGGGAGCGCAAUCAUGGGAGGAAUGGACGCGAUGAACGAACUGCGGUCUGUAAUAGCGCAGACGAUCCACGAGAACCCGGAUCUCUAUUCCGAGGCAGUGCUGGAGCGGAAACCCGAGGACUAUUGCCGCUGGAUACAGAAUGAGGACUCUUGGGGCGGGGGUAUUGAACUCAGCAUUUUGAGCAAACACUUUGACAUCGAGAUCUGCUCGAUUGAUGUGCAGACUUUGCGGGUUGACCGCUUUAACGAGGGCCCUCCCACUCGCUGUAUCCUCGUCUAUUCUGGGAUCCAUUAUGAUACUAUUGCCUUGUCGCCGUCGGAUCCUCCAUUCACACAUUCGCAUGCCCCGCCUGAGUUUGAUACAAAAGUGUUCGAUGCGGCGGAUCCUAUAGUGUUGGACAGAUCGUUGGCGCUCUGUGAGGUCUUGCAGCAGAAACACUACUAUACUGACACUGCGGGAUUUCAAAUACGUUGCAAUACGUGUGGGGGCGUCUUCACGGGAGAGAAAGGUGCCACGCAGCAUGCAGCGCAAACUGGGCACUACGAUUUUGGGGAGGCUAGUUAGAUCAGUGGCCAACACGGAUCAACUCUGCGUCUUUUAGGAUGCUUUUGUGACUGGGAGUUGCACAUCUGAAGAUAUACUUAUAAAUGC